UCCGUCAGUCUGACUGUCUGUCUGCCUUGCAGUGGAGUUUCACUUCACACUGUACAUCAACAUCAAGGAUACAUUCACACGAGCACACAAGGACUCACUCCUCUCCUCGUUGGCACGCUUGCAAACAAUUACUGUGGAAAGAGCUAGAAAUUGAGAAUCUGUAGCACUGUUGAGGCGUCAUUAUUUUCCAAAGGAUUGCAAAACAAGCUGCAGAGGCUGCAACGCCAAACCAUUGUCGAUGACUGAGAUCUCUGCAUCCCAUGAUGGACAAAAAAAGUGCCAAUGGCUUUCAGACAACGGCCAGUGAAGGUGGUGUUCAGAGAAAGCAACUACCCUACUCAGUAGAAACACCUUAUGGUUUCCACCUGGACUUGGAUUUUCUCAAAUAUGUGGAUGAUAUUGAAAAAGGCAAUACCAUCAAAAGAGUCCACAUCCAACGUCGGAUCAAGGGUCCUCCCAAAUUCAGUACUCUGCCCAGAAAUUUCAGUCUUCCAGGGCAUGUGAUCCGGCCAGCCCCUAAAGACAGUCUGUGGACUGGGAUAUCCACAUUGGGACCAACACCUAAAUCACGGCUAACAGAGGUUCCGCAGAUCUCUGAUUUGAGAGCAAAUGAAGGAGGAACAUCAUGCCAAGGGACAGCUAUCCAGCCAACGAGUGUUUUUUCAGCUAGGCUCCGAGGUGAUGGAAUUCUGGGAGCUCAGGGUAUUGAAGAAAAAAUUACCGGCACAAAAAAUCGUCCCAACUUGCUUAGAGCAUCAAGUAUGCCUAUCACAUUACAACAGCGGAAAGGUUCUGAUUCAAGUAGCCCAGACCGUAUUGUGGGAACACCAGAGAAUGGCUCAACUGAAAACAUGUUUAGAGCAUCACCAGAUAUAACAGAAAGAAGAUGUGUUACCCAAGAACGAGUGGGGAUUCACCAGCAGAUCACAGUGGCUUUGAAGCGGGUCAGAGAGCUUGAAGAACAGGUCAAAACCAUCCCUGAGCUUAAGGCUCAGAUCUGUUCACUAAGGUUGGAAAGGGAGCAGCUACUAUGUCAGCUUCAGGCCCAGGAAAAGGCCCAGACUUCCACAUUAUCAUCUAAAAUGGCUCCAUGUGCUGAUGUUAGGAUAGAAACCCAACCACAAGCUAGCAGAGAAGGGUUUAAUUUAUUUCUGACACCUCAACUUAAUGAGCAUUUGACAAGAAAGGCAGUAACUGAGGAAAAGAAACAGGGUAGCCCAGAGGCAAUUAUUAUGCUUCAAAAAGAGGCGGUAAAUCAAGGAUUGAUUAAGAGUUUCUGUCAACAAGAAUCUAACAUUCAAACACAGCUGCUAGAAAAAUGUGACCAACACAAAGAGACUGUAGGGAGUCCACUUGAACAUGCAGGGCAGGAAGAUGGUAAUGCAACAAUGGGAGAUAAUUUUGGGGAUUCGAGGAGUGUACAUAAUCUGCAUGAAAAGCUAGUAAUACUGGAGGCUAAACUUCUUAAGGCGAGUCAAGAGCUGGAGAGAACUAAUGAUCUGUUGAAAGAACAAAUCGUGGAAAAUCAAGUGAAAGAGGAGAAAAUACUACAGCUAAGUGAGGGAAUAAGAGUAGAGGUGUGUCCAUCAGAAACACACUGCAGACCGAGAAGAGAAAGUAUAGACACAGGGACAGAGACUGAAAGAGUAGACUAUGCCAACCAGGAGACAGAGACACAAUCACCUGGUACAGUAGAUCAAGGAACUGAUACCGAAAGAAUCUGUAUUGUGUGCAUCCCUGUACCACAAUCUGGAUGUAUUGAUCAAGAAACGGAGACGACCAAGGUGGACAGUCAGGACAAAGUGACAGAAGUUGGGGCAGAAGGUUUUCUUGUUAGUGCACAACUACCUGUAGUCAACAGUAUGGAACAGGGUACAGUCACUGAAAGAGCAAAGACUAAGGAUCAGAUGACUGAAACAACUGUAACUAAAUCAGAGGGAGAGACAGACCAUCCACAGAGGUCAAGGGCUAGCAGUGUUGAUAGGGGGACAGAGACAGAGAGGAUGCACACAAUGGACAGGGUGACUGAGACAGAGGUAGCACAGAUGAAUGACCAGCAUACUGAGACAGACGUAGAAAGAGUGCAAGACCACAUUCCAGUCAGAAAUGCUGAAACAGAGAGUCAUGAGAUUGAAAAUACAGGAAACCAGAGGGAUGAGGUUUAUAUUCGGGUCAGUGAAAGUGAAGAAGGCAAGAAAAUAAAUGAAGGAAUUCAGAAAGAUCACAGAGACGAAGUUAUUACAGAUAUGUCUGUUUCAGUUCAAAUAAGUGGGAUUAAAAAAGAAACUGUAGCUUCACAUUUUGUUAACCCGACCGAAGAAAGUAGAAGUUCAAGAGUGGUAAUAGAAGAACAUGCAGAGACUACACCAGAAGUAAGCCUUGUGCAAAAGAACUCAGAAACAAAAGCAAUAUUACUCUUAGAGAGUGUUGAAACACAGCAUGUUUCACGGAGUGCAGGAGAGUCUUUGGGUACUGUCACUGUUGUAGUAGCAUCAGAGAGUGCCACAGUGAAGACAGGAGUUCCAGUAAGACCCCAGAGAGGCCAUAGGCCAUCAUCAGAUCAGUCACAACCAACACCUCAACUUCAAGCUGCUCCUGUGUCUCCUCGUAGGGGAUCCAGUGAAAUUCAAGGUCAGCAGUCAAAAACUGACUCUCAAUCCUCUGCAGAACUCUCCAACCGACAGCUAAAACAUGAAUCCCCAUCUCAGUCUCAGUCUGGGGACAAAACUGCGGUGAUAUCAUGUGAAGAGUCUAAAUUGCAACCUCAAACUGAGAUUCAAAGCCCAUCAUCAAGCGCCAAGGAAGUCCAAACUCGACCAAAAUCUAUCCAAGCCCCGUCUAAAACUACAACUCGACAGGAUUCAAAAGAAAUCAAAGCACCCACUAGAGUAUCUAGUGUAUCACAACCUUUGAGACGCAGAUCUGGAGAUGGCCAUACACACCCAAGACGUCAGGCAUCGGUUGAAAUCCAAUCUCCAUCUCGAAGUUUGUCCGAGGAGAGUCAACCCCUUAAGAAAGAACCUGAACAACAGACUUUAUGCAGAGGCGUCAGUGAAACAGCUCAGCAUCAGAGUUCUGCUGAAGCAUUGACCUCACGUCGUAAUAUUGACGAAGCGCAGCAGGUACGCAGAGACUCAAGUGAGUCACCAACCUCGCCUGCGGCUUUAGGUCAAGUCGUAACCCGGAUAACAGGGCUUCUGGGGGAGCAGUGGGCUCAGUUGGGGAGCAGCUCUGGAGUGCAACCCUUGGUCAGCCAGCAGCAGAAUCCUAGCACACAAAAACAGACGCCAGGGAAAAGCACGGAGGCAGGAAAGGGAGCCUCAGCCAAGCCUGCGGGAAAAGCAGCAACCACAGGGAAACCAGCAGGGAAGCCUGGUCCCUCCAAAAUGAGCUCUAUUCAGAGUCAGUUGGUCAGUUCCCUUAGUGUUCUUUCUGCCUUUUACUCACAAGGCCAGAAAGCUGCUGCUAACAAACAGCAAGAACAAGGUCUCAAAUCUAUUAUGAAGAAAAAUGGGGUUGCUGACAAGCAGGGGAAUAAGGGAACCAAGAAAAACUUGAAGUUUGUCGGGGUGAAUGGAGGGUAUGAGAGCACGUCGAGCGACGAGUCCAGUGGAGAUGAGGAAGCAAAAGUGGACAUUGGAGGAGAGGGGGGCAGCUCACAGGCAGAGGAGGAAAAAGACAAGGAGCCAGCAUCAGCAGAAAAGCCUGAGGAGGGAGCAGAUGCACAAGCGAAAGAUGCUGAAAUCUUGCCCAGCGAAGAGGCUGCAGUAGCUGCAGAGAAAGAGAGCAGUGAAGAUUUGCUGGAUUCAAAGGGGAGCCACGGGCUCCUCGGGGAAGAGGCUGAAGGGGAAAAAGUUGACAAGAGCUUUAUUGAUGCCUGCCUCUAUGUUAAGGAUCGCAUGGAGGAGGUUACCUCACCAGAUAAAGAAAUGCGGCAAGUUUUAGUGGUCCUCUACCAGGAAUGGUUCAAAGUUUCCAGUCAGAAAACUUCGCAGGCUGAUACCGUCCGAUUGUACCUCCGCCAAGUGGGUUUGACCACACCGACUCUCCUGCCAUAUGUCGUCAACCUGACCGACGGCAACGGUAACAUGGCUCUCCACUACAGCGUGUCACAUUCAAACUUUCCUGUGGUCAAACUGCUGCUUGAUACUGGACUUUGUGAAACAGACAACGUGAACAAGGCAGGCUACACUCCGGUGAUGCUGGCUGCACUGACAGCCGCUGAGAGUCCCGAUGAUUUGGAGGUCGCACAACAGUUGCUGAGACUUGGUGAUGUUAACGCACGCUCCCGGCAGAUGGGUCAGACAGCGCUGAUGCUCGCCGUGAGCCACGGCCGCCUUGCCAUGGUGAAGCUGCUGCUGACUUGUGGCGCAGAUGUAAAUGCUCAGGAUUAUGAGGGCUCCACGGCCUUGAUGUGUGCCAGCGAGCACGGCCACACUCACAUUGCCCGCCUGCUGCUGGAGACAGGUCACUGUGACACCAGCCUCACGGAUAAGAAUGGACAGACCGCUAAGGAGGUGGCAGAAGGAUCUUCCCACCCAGAUGUUGCUGACCUCAUCGCGGCCCAUGGCAAGGCUGAGUGCGGCCGCUGAGCCAAAGUCCUGUCUCCUCCAAACCAGCUCAUGCUGAGCAAAGAUGCCCCCCCGCAUCGGCCACCACCCUCUGCAUAUGUGCCGCUGACCUCGAAGCUGCGGAAGCUCACAAACCAAGUUCCCAGUCAGCAAUGUACACCCAUAUUUUCUUCCACAUGUCAGCCAACACGCCUCCUGUGGGCCUUUCAUAGAGAAUGCUGCAUCAACCAACCAACCAGUGGACACACACCAGGAUAGUCGCCUUGAUUAAAGCGCUCACGUGACAGUGACAAGGAUUUUACAUCCUGGAGAAUCAAAUGAAAAUAUGGACAGAGACAUGUAGACGGAAAGAUAACUGCUGCCUCUUUCUAAUACUCUUCAAGCAUUAUACUAAGCACAGGAUUUACCUUUUGAAUACAUAUAUCCAGUAGGUAAAAUAUUCACCGUGACAUUUUUGUCUCUCCAUUGACAUAUUUUUUUUAAAGGUGGAGGUAAGCCAUUAUUCAGAGCAUAUAUGUCACAAUAUUGCAUCAGACUAUAAGUAUAUACAAACACAGAAUCUGUAUUUUCUACUGCGUUCCUAUUUUUAUUUUGAAAUAUUGCUUUGUAAAUACUGAGAUCAAUGUCCAGGCCUUUAACUCAUGUACUAAAAUUGAUUUUAAAAAAAAAAAACAAAAGUAAUAAUAUAAUUGUUUCGCAUCACCCAACGGAUAUUUGAAAUCAUUCAGUGUCUUAUUUUAUAAUAAUAAUAAUAAUUUAUUGUUAUUUGCAUGCGAGCGUGUGUGUGUGCGUGAAUUUGAGAAGAAACACCGAUGCUUCAGUCUGCGAUAAAAUGAUUUGUAUCAUAUAGAAUGAAACAGAAUAAAAUUAUUUUAUAACCAAUAUAUAAC